AUGGAUUAUGAUUCACAUCUACCAUUCAUCGGGACAAUGCGACUUAUCACGUCGACUCUUCUUCUCUCUGUUCUGCUUGUUCUAUCAGCAGAGGCCAUCAGGCCAUUCUACCAUGGCACUUGGAAUUCCUGGAAACAAGUGUACAAGAGGUCUUACUCCUCACCGAGGGAAGAGAAGUUACGAAUGAGAAUAUUUUAUAAUAAUCUUCAAUUUAUCCUCUGGCACAAUAGACGCUAUUUCAGUGGAGAAGUAAGCUACUACGUUGGGUUAAAUAGCUUCGCCGAUCUCACCUUGAAAGAGUUUGCUGACACCUACCUCAGUGUGCAAGAAACUUCAAUUGAGAAGGACUUGGGGGAUGUCCAAUUACUGCACGAGUCACCAUUUGCACCUGUUCCGAAUUACAUCGAUUGGCGAAAGAAGGGUUUGGUGACGGAUAUUAAGGACCAGGGACAAUGUGGUUCAUGCUGGGCCUUUUCAGCAACUGGUUCUCUGGAGGGUCAAUACAAGAAGAAAAAAGGCAAUUUGGUCAGCUUUUCGGAGCAACAAUUGGUUGACUGCAGUAGGAGUCAAGGCAACGAGGGUUGCAAUGGAGGUCUAAUGGAUCAGGCUUUCCAAUAUUGGAUGAGAAACGGAGCAGAAAGUGAAAAGGACUACCCAUAUACUGCACAUGAUGGUUCCUGCAAAUUCAACAAGUCGGCAUCUAUCACUCUGGUUAAAAAGUUCGUGAGAGUGAAGAAGGGAGAUGAGAGUCAGUUGAGACUGAGUGUUGGUCAGAUUGGUCCUAUUUCAGUUGGUAUCGAUGCCAGUUCUAUGAGCUUCCAAUUCUACAAAAGUGGAAUUUACAAGGAUGACCAUUGUUCGCCAAAUUCAAUUGAUCAUGGAGUUCUGGUGGUUGGUUACGAUCAGGAUAAGACAGGAGGGAAGUACUGGAUAGUGAAGAACAGUUGGGGUACAGACUGGGGCAAUGAGGGCUACAUCUGGAUGGCAAGAGAUUAUCACAAUAUGUGUGGAAUCGCAUCCCUCGCCAGCUAUCCCGUUCUUUGA